UUUCUGUGAAAUCGCCGUCAAACAGCAUGCUGAAAUCGCCGGCUUCUGUCAAGUCAUCAAGUGACCAAAAGUUGUAAAUGGUCCACUGACACUGAGGGACACAGGGUAGCCUGACUUUUUAUAAAUGGCAGCUCUACCUGGGAUGAAGACUCUUUUUAGCCUCCAUAGAUCACUGACAUUGCAGCGCUUUGCACUCAUUCCAGCGCAGUCGACAUCCAGCCACCCACACAGGAGGCUUUGCAGCUCUAGUACAGGAAAUGCUGAUCCAGAGCCACAAGUAACGGAAAAUGAAUCUCUGCUGGAGAACCUGAACCUCAUGGGAGUGGAUGUGAGGGAGGCACGUCGGCGUCAGCCUGGAGUAUUUCGUAGAGCGUUCACUAAUGAACAAGAAGUCGCUCAGUUUCUGCAAGGCAAAGGUGCAAGCAGAGAAGUAGUAGCAGGAAUCAUAUCUCGCUAUCCUCGCGCUAUCACACGUUCAGGUGAACACAUGGAACAGCGCUGGGGGCUGUGGAGAAACAUCUUCAAGACUGAUGUAGAAAUAGUGAACAUCCUGGAUCGCUCGCCUGAAUCUUUCUUCCGCUCUAGUGAUAACAAGAACUUGGAGAAGAACAUAGCAUUCCUGUCCUCACUGGGAUUGGAAUCCAAAGACCUCCAUCGGCUGCUGGCAGCAGCGCCACGGACGUUCUCCAACAGUUUUGAGCUCAAUAGGCAGAUGGUGGAAGUUUUGGAGGAUAUCUGUUCUGAACUGGGAGGAACGAAUCCGCAACAGUUUGCUAAAAACAUCAUAUCCAGAAACGCUUACAUUCUAACACGAAGCACUAAGAGGGUCAAGACAAACAUUGACAUCCUGAGGGCUUCUCUUAAGUUGAGUGGUGAAGAACUGCUCGCCCUUUUUAAAGGCCCUGGGGCAGAAAUUCUGGACCUUUCCAAUGAGUAUCUGAAAAAUAAUUUGAACAGUCUACAGCAGAAGAUGGUUUCACUUGGCUGCAAGAAGGCUGACUUGAAGAAACUGGUUUACAGUUAUCCACUGGUUCUGUACAUUGGCCGGAACACACUGAUCUCCAAGCUAGACUGUCUUCUUAAAGGAGGAAUAAAAAUGACACAGAUACUAGAAAAGCCAAAGGUGUUGGACUACAGCACAGAGAACAUUACAGGGCGACUAGAGGAGCUUAAGAAAGUAGGAUAUGACUUUGAAAAGAAUGGCAUAAACAUCUUGGACACAAGCAAAAAGCGCUUUGAUGCAAAGCUGGAAAAACUUAAAAUCUCAAGAUAAAUAAUAAAUAAAUGUCAUAAUGAUGUUAAAUAAAGCUGUAUGUUGAUUUAGCUUCACUCUGAGAUUAACCAUGUCUUCUAUCUGCUGUAGUUUUAAAUAGGUCUCUGAUGACUUUGAAAUAAUCAGACAGGGCUACUUUGUGACUUUUAUGGUGAAUAAAUUUGCUGAAUAAUUUCCCUGAUUAAUUUUGACAUGACCAAAAUACCAGAAAAUUGAGGGGAAAAGUUUGUAAACCCCAAACGCUUUUUCACUUUCUUGAUACAACCAAUAACUGACAGACCCAUUGAUGUUGAGUUAUAGCAAGUGCUAUAAAAUGCAAAAAUCGUAAGAAUUUGGAACCGAGUGUUAUUUUUUUCCAAGUUGGCUCUUUUUUUUCUUUUAGACACCGUAAACUACUCAAAGUCCCCCAUAUCUGAAUGAACAUGUUAUUUUAACAGAUACACUUCUUUUGGAAUUAAGGUGAGUUUUUAUCCAAAAAACAUGUUUCAAUCUAUA